AUGAAACCGACCAGCACAGCUGACCCUGCACGGAGCCAAAGCUUCCUCAAGACACCGGACGCUAAUCGGAAUCCUAUCGUCUCCACCUCUCGAAUCUCCAGAAAGGGCAUUUUGAGUGAGGAGACGAAAGCCCCCAUCCCUUCUGCCUCAAAAAAGACUCUGAUUCCAAAGGUGACGCCCCUCCUGGAGGCAGCAAGGACCAAUAACACUCUGGAUGUGUCCAGGCUAUUGUCCGAGGGGGUGGAGCCUAACCACCGCCACCGUCUGGGAUGGACGCCCCUCAUGGUGGCUACCAUGAACCGGCAGCACAGGUCAGUGUGUGAGCGCAUCACUGCCCUGGCUCCUACCCCUUGUGUCUCUCCCGGUGCAGGUGCCAACCCCCUCCAGACCAACGCUCUGGGACACACCCCCCCCGGGCCUACGCCAAGGAGGGCGAGCUGCACACCCCUGCUGCAGGAGUGGGAGGAGAAGUUCCAGGAGGCUCAGGCACGCAGGGAGGCAGAGGAGAGGAGGCGUUUCCCUCUGGAGAAGAGGCUGAAGGAGCACAUCAUCGGGCAGGAAGGAGCCAUCAACACUGUGGCCUCAGCCAUCAGGAGGAAGGAGAAUGGCUGGUACGAUGAAGAGCACCCCCUCGUCUUCCUCUUCCUCGGCUCGUCUGGGAUAGGAAAGACAGAGUUGGCCAAGCAGGUGGCUCGCUACAUGCAUAAGGACAUCAAGAAGGGCUUUAUCCGGAUGGACAUGUCAGAGUUCCAGGAGAAGCACGAGGUGGCUAAGUUCAUCGGCUCCCCCCCAGGGUAUGUGGGCCACGAGGAGGGAGGUCAGCUGACCAAGCAGUUGAAGGCGUUCCCCAACGCCGUGGUGUUGUUUGACGAGGUGGACAAGGCCCACCCUGACGUCUUGACCAUCAUGCUGCAGCUGUUCGACGAGGGUCGUCUGACGGACGGGAAGGGGAAGACGAUCGAGUGCAAGGACGCCAUCUUCAUCAUGACCUCCAACGUGGCCAGCGACGACAUCGCCCAGCAUGCUUUGCAGCUACGCCAAGAGGCCAAGGAGCUCAGCCGCAGGAAACUUGCCGACAACCUCGACGAGGUGCAGAAGGGGGAUGAUGUCACCAUCUCACGGCAGUUUAAGGACACUGUGAUUCGCCCCAUCCUGAAGGCUCAUUUCCGGAGGGACGAGUUUCUGGGACGGAUCAACGAGAUUGUUUACUUCCUGCCGUUCUGUCACUCAGAGCUUCUGCAGCUGGUGAGCGGAGAGCUCACCUUCUGGGCCAAGAAGGCCAAACAGAGGCAUGACAUCACUCUUCUGUGGGACCGCCCCGUUCUCGACCUGUUGGCGGGGGGGUAUAACCUGCACUACGGAGCACGCUCUAUCAAACACGAGGUUGAGCGACGCGUGGUCAACCAAUUGGCUGCUGCCUACGAGCAGGAGCUCCUCCCCAAAGGGUGCACCCUGCGACUGACUGUCCAAUCCCAGGCCAGGGCUGGAGAAGAGGGGCCGGAUGAACGGAGCGUGCCCAGUCUGCGCCUGGAGGUAGUGGGAGAGGACAGCUCUGCCAGAACUCUGGACAUCCGUCCACCUCUUAGCCCAGACCACUAACCCACUCACUCAUUUAAACACACACACACACGUGGCACUCACACUCUCAUAAACAUGUCUCAUCCACCAGCUGGCGUGAACACACAAGCACCACUGCCAUUCUGUCAUAUCACAUCCAUCAGGUAGGACCGGCAAUCCUGGUUCUGUUGGGAGAUAUCGAAUAAAACCGCCUCAGUACCAACACGUCAUUGCCUUUUUCCAUGUUUCUUUCUCCAUGUCUGUUCCUUUACAAACACACACUGUUUCUCUACAAACACACACAUACACACACACAUACACACACACACGCACACAAAACCAGGCAUACCAGUGAGGACCUUGCUUCAUGCUACAAGCCAUAUCCUCGUUUGUUAGCAUCGGUGGCUAACAGGAAGGCUCAGGGGACAGCAUAAGGAAACUGCAAUAGGCUGCUGCUAAAUACUUUAAAUGGGGUACAUCGAUAACAGUCAUAUGUGCUAUAGUUAGAGCUAUAUCAUAGUAUUUUUUCAUUGCUUGGAAAUAGGAAUAGCCAAAGUUAGAAAAGUUGUCCCAUAAUUGCACAGACGGUAUGUCUUGUGAAGAAGUAGUAGAGUUAUAUUUAAUCAUAUCUACAAUCGAUCAUUUAAGUGUGUUCUUGGAAAGAACACUGAGACAAAAGUGUAUGGAUAUGAAUAUCACUGCCUUGAGAAAGGGUUCCUUUUAUUGGAUGUUAAAUGUUUAAGUACUGCCUUAGUCAUGAAGACAUACAGUACCGUAGUGUUGUGUGUUUUGCGGGCAAACCUAUGUGACACUGAGAUUGUGGGGACAUCAAAGUUAUUUAUACACUGGUGCAGUGGUUUCACACAGGUGUAAAAUGUGUAGUGCAUGCUGGCGAGGCACGUCCUAAGGCAUCUGUCAUGUGUACCUCUGUGAUGUAAAUUAAAGUCCCUGUGAUCCACA